AUGAGCCUCGUUCAGAACAUCUUCCGCGCACUCACGGAGAGCGAGUGGAUGCAUUUACAGGCCUACACUGAUCGUAUUCGUGUGCUUCGUCACGACGCUACAAGCCCCACGAUCCCUAUUGACAAUUCUGCUUUCACGUUCCUCUCCCACACUCGUGCCGCGAAUGUAAAACUGUUCUCUGGCUUGCGCUCGGUCAGCUGGAAUGAUUCUUGCACGAGCAGCGCGUGGACAAUGUUCAACAGGUGGCUGCCGUUGGAAAUCCAGGCCAUUGAUAUUACAUUGCCCUCAUCCCCAACCAGCGGAGUAUAUGCUGAUGAAUUCGUCUCGACCCAAGCGCGGGCUUGGAUAGGGACGCUACACUCUUUUUCACAGGUGCAGUGCCUCAUACUGCGGCACGACCCACUCGACCCGAACGAUCAUGAUUACAAAGACGACAUAUCUCCCGAAGUAAUGGCGAUGGCUGGUCUUUCCGAACUCCGUUGUGGAUCAGUCAACGAGAUUGCCAUCAGAUGUUUAUUGGAGCGCCCAUGUAUGCGACGGCUGGACAUUACCCUGCCAGCCCAAAGCAACGCAGACGCGUUCUGUAACCUGGAGGUAACGUCUUCCCUCAACCAUAUAUCCCUCCGGUCCCUCUCCUCGUUGGAUCAGGCCGGAGGGUUUAUCAACGCGCUGCAGUUCUUGCCAGAAGAGCUAUCAAUUGUGGCCCCCUGCCUCCCUCACGAACAAUUCGUAGCAUUGCUAUUGCGGUUAGCCCAGCGCUACUCAAGGACUGAUCACCAACGUUUCGGUCUGUCCUUUGAGGGUAUCCCAUUCCCUGUGAUUGUAGAUGAUUGGAUCCUGGACGACAACGCCUUCAUACCUACUAUCACCCUUCAAGAUGUCCAGCCCCUGAUUAGCGACAAGCUACAGCAUCUUGUCAUCGAGGACUAUAUGCCGAUAGAUCUGUCUGAUAACGAUGUUACCGCGCUCGCAAGAGGGUUGCCAAGCAUUAUUACCCUAAGUAUCUGUGGCAAGAGUGGGUCAAGGCCAUUGACCAACCUGAGUUUGAACGCGGUGGUGGCAGUCCUGGAGAGCUGCCGCCGCAUAACGGCACUUGGCCUUGUUUUUGACGCCAAAAAGGUUCCCUCCGUUGGGGCAAGUGGGAACGGCUUGUCGCCCCCGGUCAACCAUAGCCUCAAGAAACUUCUGGUGGGUAACUCUGAGAUAGAAGAUCCGCCGAAUGUUGGCUUCUUCUUAAAGGCACAUGCCCCCGAGCUGACCAUAUUUACCUGUUCUCCAAACUCUCUAUGGUACCGGCAUAGUAACAUAGCCAGGAUAGAUGCAGCUUCAACUGAGCAUUCCGAGCGCCGUACUAUUAUGUGA